AUGUCUGGUAUAAUUGAAGCGUCCUCCGCAUUGAGAAAGAGAAAACAUUUGAAAAGAGGGAUUAAUUUUACUCUUAUGGUUGUUGGACAAUCAGGAUGUGGUAGAUCAACUUUUAUUAACACACUAUGUGGACAACAAGUUGUUGACACUUCCACCACUGUAUUACUGCCCACCGACACUUCCACAGAGAUUGCUUUGCAGCUGAGAGAAGAAACUGUCGAGUUAGAGGACGACGAGGGAGUUAAGAUCCAAUUGAACAUCGUCGAUACGCCGGGAUUUGGUGAUUCUCUGGAUAAUACAUCUUCAUUUGACAUUAUUUGUGAUUAUAUUCGUCACCAAUACGAUGAGAUUCUGUUGGAGGAAAGUAGAGUGAGGAGAAACCCAAGAUUCAAAGACAGGAGGGUUCACAUUUGUCUGUACAUGAUUACACCCACGGGACAUGGUUUGAAAGAGAUGGACGUUGAGUUCAUUUCAAAGUUGGGUAACCUGGUAAAUAUUAUUCCUGUGAUUAGUAAAGCUGAUUCCUUAACCGUUGAAGAAUUGAAAUUGAAUAAGAAAUUGAUUAUGGAAGAUAUUGAUAGAUUUAAUUUACCAAUUUAUAAUUUCCCUUAUGAUGAAGAGGAUAUUUCGCAAGAGGAUUAUGAUACAAACACCUAUUUACGUUCUACCUUACCAUUUUCUAUCGUUGGUUCCAAUGAAGUUUACAAUAUGGAUGACGAUCUAAUGAUACGUGGUAGAAAAUAUCCAUGGGGGAUGCUUGACGUUGAAGAUUCAUCAAUCAGUGAUUUUGUCAUAUUGAGAAAUGCGCUAUUGAUCUCUCAUUUACACGACUUGAAAGAUUAUACUCACGAAAUAUUAUAUGAACGUUAUAGAACAGAUGCGCUAUCAGGAGGAAAUCCAAAUAAGAAUGAACCAAUCCAUGAUUCUCCUAUUGCUCAACCAGUAUCACCAAACCUUUCUGAAGGCAAUGUGACGUCAAACAACGGGACUUAUAUAGCCCGUGAAGAACAAAUAAGACUGGAAGAAGAAAGAUUAAGACAAUUCGAAGAAAGAGUUCAACAGGAAUUGCUUCUCAAGAGAAAAGAGCUACUGCAAAGAGAACAGGAAUUGAAAGAAAUUGAGGAACGUCUAGAAAAGGAGGCCCGUAUGAAACAAGAACCACUUGAGAACUAG